UUUUCCAUUUCUUUUUUCCAUUUCCAUUUCCACCGUCGCACCGCAUCCACCGCGCCGCCGCGAGAGAAGAGAGAGAGAGAGAGGAGGGUUUCCGAUGGAGAACGGCGAGGAGACGUUCGCCUCCCCCACCGCCGCCGCCGCCGACUUCGAGUUCGCGGGCAACGGCGGGGACCGCACGCCCAAGCUCCACGACGCUGCGGACGAGAUCGAGGCCCUCAGCGCUGCGAAGCGCGACCUGGAGGAGAAGCUCGAGUCCGUGAGCCACCAGAACCGCUUCCUGUCCUCCGAGUCCCGCCGCCUCGAGGCCCUCGUGUCCCAGGCCCGCGACGAGGCCGCCGCCUUCGAGCAGGCCGCCGCCACCAACGAGAGCGAGGCCGCCACGCUCCGCGCCGAGGUCGAGCGCCUCCAGGGCCUCCUCGACGCCGAGAAGGCCGGCCACGAGGAGGAGAUGCGCAGGGGUGGGGGGCUCGGGGACCAGCUGCAGACCGCGCACCAGGAGAAGGUCGCCCUCGAGAAGGAGAUCGAGGCCCUGAAGGCUUCCGCCACCGCCUCUGAGAGGGGCAAGGGCGAGGAGGAGAUGGACUCGGCUGCACCCUCAGCUGGGACGCCUAAGGAUGCGGGGCUGGUGCCUGCCGAGCUGUUGGCUGCUGCGGUGGCUGCUGGAGCUGGUAUUACUGCCUUCAUCGCGACCAUCUUGAUCCAUCGCAAGAGGUAAUCUGGUGGUCCGAUGCGUGGGAAGUUUUGAUCCGCUGCUAUGGCCUAUAUGAGAGUGGAUUAUCCGUUUUGUCUGGGUACUAGUAUUACUGAACUCGUAGUAGUAUCGUUGCUAUUUUGCUGGGUAAUAGAUUAGAACGCAUAUGGCAAGUACUAUUACUUUCUGCAGUUUCCUAUGCUAAUAAGAGUUGUGGACACAAGUGAGAGAGACAAUGUAGUUCUGGUCUGUUUUUCUGAAGUUGCACCUAAUUCCAGACUUCCAGUUAUUACCACCUGGCUAGUUUCAACUGUUA